CGUAUUCACCAAUGCAUGAUCUUCCGAUCAAAUGUAAUUUUGAUCCCUGGCUCUGGAAUUUUUACUGAGUUUCACCCACCUGAGUUGGGGCUUGUUGGAGAAACUAUGUUGGAGGCAAUGGAGAGUACCGUCAAUGGCGGUGGUUUCUCGCAGUUACAAAGUUGCGGAGACAGUAGCGAAGAAGAGCUCUCGGUGCUGCCACGUCAUACUAAAGUGGUUGAUAACCGUACUAAAUCUGUUCUUGUUGGUCUUCAAGGCGUGGUCAAGAAGGCUGUUGGGCUUGGCGGGUGGCAUUGGCUGGUUCUUACUAAUGGCAUAGAAGUAAAGCUACAGAGAAAUGCACUCAGCGUAAUUGAAGCACCUACUGGCAACGAAGAUGACAGCGAUCUUGAAUUCGAAAACAUGCUGUGUAAUGGAUCAGACAUGGUAUCUGAUGACACUCACAAGUCGCACAGAUCGAGGCAUAGAACCCAUAAAUCAACUGGUUCUUCUCACAAGACUAUGAGCAGGUCUCUUUCUUGUGACUCACAAUCUAAGGGUUCUGUUUCCACUACUGUUGGCUCCACGACCUUAGCAAACUCGAGAUAGCUGCUUUAUGGAGAUAU